CAACCUGGCCACAACUUGUACUGCUGCCAUCAAUUUCGCUAGUCAAGCUAGUCAAGACUCGCCGGAGUGCAGCCCAGUGAGCGACGAUAUCACUAAUAAAUAGGCGCCUGAACGAGCGUGGCACUAAUGGGCCGGGCGCUUUCCCACUUCAAGUUCUCCUCCUUAACCACGACCGCGACUGAUGUGGUAUGACUCCGAGAUGCCUUGGGAGAUUAUGCACGCGGCUGACCAGGCCACGAACACGCUCUACGGGACAUCAAGCUUCAAGCUUUCAAGCUUCACCCGUUGUACCAACUGGACUGGCCAGGAUCGACGAUUCAAUGCAUCUUCGCGCACGCCUUCCGGCACAAUUGCCAUGUCUGUGCACUUUGACUCAAACAUACCACCUCUAUCAUAUCCUUACCGCAGCAAGACAAUGUCAGGCUCCAAACACGAACUCGCCCCCGGCGCCAUAGCUGGCAUCGUAAUAGGAACACUACUGGUUCUUGUCGUCUUAUCCGCUACUGGGAUUCUUCUUUUUCAUCGGAGACGAGUUGGCUUCCCCGCUACGCCCCAUCUUCCCUCGAGCUCUGAAAAGCCCGCGCCUCUCAGCAAGACGCCGCAACGACGCGUGAGGCGCGCGCCGUCCCGGAAGCCAUCGCCCAGCCUCAGGCUCACCGCAGACCUCGUCAGCUUUCCGAAGCCCCUUGCGCGGGCCGGUCGCGACCUCGACAAAGACUGCGGGAACACGUCCGUGUCUACGCUCAACGUGGUCAUCUCGCCCUCGCUCCCGCGUAUCUUCAAAGUCGACACAGAGGACGGCGAGGGUGCCGCUGUCGAGGUGCGCGUUACUCCGCCCACGCCUGUUGCGAGCCGCGGCGACCUUGGCAUGCCGUCGCCGACAAAGGGUCGACCUCUUAGGAAGAAGGCCCCAUCGGGCAUAGGACUGGGUAUGGUGCAUCUACAGGGCGAAGGCGAAUCGAAGUGGUGGGCGGUGUAGGGGCGCCAACUUUGUUUCGGAUGACUGGUGCCGCCAAUGAUGCCUAUAUGCCGUUGAGCCGCGAACUCUGUCCAGUAAUCCAAAGAGCGUUGCUGAUAGCCCCAACUGUUUGAGAAUCUG